AUGCCGGGAGCCCCGCCGGCGCCUGGCCCCCAGCUUCGUGCCCCACCGGACCAGAGCUGCUCCCUUGAGAAGGUGAACAAGUGCUACCGGGGUCGCUCCUGCCCUAUUAUCGUGCACUGCAGUGACGGUGCAGGCAGGACCGGGACAUAUAUCCUCGUUGACAUGGUCCUGAACCGAAUGGCCAAAGGGGUGAAGGAGAUAGACAUAGCUGCUACGCUGGAGCACAUCCGAGAUCAGCGGCCUGGCAUGGUGCAGACCAAGGACCAGUUUGAGUUCGCGCUGACAGCUGUGGCCGAGGAAGUGAAUGCCAUCCUGAAGGCGCUGCCGCAGUGA